AUGGCCGAGCAAGAUGUGGAGGCUCCCGAUCCCGAGGCGAACGAGCCGCAGGGACCCCAGGCCUGGCAGGUGCCCUACUACGAGCUGGCCAAUGAGCUGUGGCACCGCGAGAUGGAGAACUGGCCCGGCAAAGCCCUCGACGCCAACGGCCACCUUCAAGCCUUCAAGGAGGCCGACGGCGAAGACAAAAGCCAGGCACCCACCACCACCACCACCACCGUCGGCAAGAAGAAACCUAAGCAGGAGCGGAAGCUAGACAACGGCGAGUGCCAGCUGAUCGGCGACUUUGUGAAUCCGUGGGACCAGCGGACGUGGCGUGUUCUGGGGAUGCGAAUCAAGCGCCUCGGCGACGGCCUUUACACAGAAUACGACGUCAUCCGCAUGCCCCACAACUUUAAGAACCUGGCCGGCGAGACGGUGGAGGAGCCGGCCACCCAUGAGAGGGUCGAACACGUUCUGCGCCUGUGCCGCGAGGACGACAAGGCUAUUCAUGAUCGUUUCUACCACGAGGCGAAGGUGAUGAUGGAAAUGCGUGAGCGUUAUCACAACUACCGGCAGUCGCGCCACUUCCCGGCCGCGCUGGGCAUGGGCCGUUUCCAAGAGACGUGCUGGCGCGGUUCCGACCGCUGGGCCCAGCGCUUUGUGACCGUGCAGAUGGACGUGCCCCGGCCGUGGUUCAUCAUGGAGCGGCUCGACCCGACGCUCGACCACGUGAUCAAGGCCCACCCGAACAACCUGGUGUCGCUGGCCACCGCCUGCUACAUGACCAUCGGCAUGCUGAAAGCGCUUCGCCUACUGCACGAGGCCGGCUAUUGUCACCGCCGCGUGUCCCCGCAGGCCUUCGGUCUGCGUCUGCCGCUUCAUCAGAUGCUCAAUCGCAACGAGGCCGAGCUGUCGAACUACGUGGUGCUGACCGAUCUCGGCGUGGCCAGGAAGUACCAGGAAUUGCCGCCUCGCCGCUUGCCGCCCUUUACGGGCACGAUCAAGUACAGCUCCCCAAACGCGAUGGAGAUGAACGAGCAGACGGCGGUGGAUGAUGUCAUCUCGGUGUUCUACAUCCUUCGCCAGAUGGUCACCACCACGCUGCCCUGGGUCAACCAAUUGAACCUCACGCACACGCGGGAUGAGGUCAUCAAGCUGAAGCGCAUGUCGCACGCGGACCAGACGCUGCAGCGCGAGCUGACCAACGAGGACCGCGCCCGUCAGGCCUUCAUCAAAGAAAAAAAGGCCAAUCGCCGCGGGCCCGAAAAGCUGGAGCCGUACAACCGGCUGUUCGAGCUGCUCACUCCCUGCAAUGGAUUGUUCAUCCUGCCCCCGUACGAGGCGCUGAUCUGCCUGCUGCGCCAGAUGACCGACCGGGGCAACUUUGAGUUCACCGUGUUCGGCAUCCAAAAGACCAUCGACAAGCAGCGCCUGAAGCUGCUCCACCACCAGAAGGACAAGAUGGCCCAUGGCGGGGCGAAGAACAGCAAGACCCCAGCGGGCAAG